UAUAGCGAGCGGCAUCUGUUUCAUCGCGGCACGCGAGGUGGAGACAGAAGAGAUGAACUUCUAUUCCCGCCUAGACACGCGCUUCGGCUGGUCCUUCAUGCUGCACUGGGGAGCCACGGGCCUCGCUCUCCUGGACGGAUUCCUCAUCAUGUGCUUGGUCAAAUAUGCUGCUGAUGACGUCAACAACACCGCUAAGUACUACUACUACAACAAUAUGUGAACCUGGGGAUGUUGUUAGGAUCAGCUGUAGUGGUGGUUUUUGUGAGAACGUAUCUUUUGAUGAUGUCAUUAUAAUCAAAAUUUGUGUAAGGAAUUCAACCCUCUCUCAUAAUAUCACUCUCAUCCACUUCCCCCUCUCUCGUUUCUCCUCUCCCCCCCAGCCCCCUUACCUUCUACUCCCCUCUCUCUCAUCUCUCCUUCUCCCCCUCGUCACCUCCCACCUUUCCUUUCACUGUUUCCCCCUCUCCCUCCCUUCCCCUCCCCUUUCACAACACGUGAACUAAGGGACGUCAACAGCACCACCAAAUACUACUACUUCAACAACAAUAUGUGAACUUGGGGAGACAACAGCAACAUGUGAACCAGAGGAUGUUGUUAGGAUCAGUUGUGGUGGUUUUGUAACAACACAUUUUUUGAUAACUCAUUACAAUGUGUUUAAGCAACUCUAUCUAUUUUUUCAUGAUAUCACACUCGUCCACUUUCCUCUCCUCUCAUCUCUCCUCUUCCCAUUCUCACCUCCCAAUCCCUCCCUCACUUUCCACCUCUCAUCUCCCCCCCCCCUCCUUUCACUUUUCUCCUCUAUCUUUCCCUCUACCCAACCAGUAGAUUCCUUUGUGAAAGAGGGAAGGUAAGGAUCAGUUGUGGUGGUUUUGCCAGAACGCAUUUUUUGACGACAUCGUUACAAUUUGUGCUCAUUGUUGUUGUUGGCUCCAAUUUUGUGGAUGUGAGCUGACAUCAUAACUUCACUGAGUUUGUGUGUUUACGAAUAAUGUGUAUUGUGUGUGUGUGUGUGUGUAUGUGUGUGUGUGUGUGUGUGUG